AUGAAGGCGGCCGCCCUCUGCCUGGCGGCUCUCGCCCAUGGCGCGCUGGGCGCCCAGCUGCUCCGCGGCCAGGCCGGGCACGGGGCGUCCGCGGGCGCCGCCGGGGCCGGAGCGGGCGGGCGUUCCGGCAGGCACUCGCUGGAGGACGAGAAGCCCCUCACGCAGGUCGUCAGGCUUCUGGAGGAGAUGCUCAAGAAGUCGCAGGCGGAGCAGGACAAGGACCGCGAGGCAUACGCCAAGUUCAAGUGCUACUGCGACACGCAGACCGAGGAGAAGGAGAAAAUCAUCGAGGAGGCCACCAAGGCUAUCGAGCUCCUCUCGGCCGCCAUCUCGGAGCUGCAGGGCGCCAACGGAGAGCUGAGCAUCGAGGCUGCCAGGCUGAAGAAGGAGAUGGAGGCGAACGAGCAGACGCGCGAGGUCGCCACUGAGCUUCGUGGCAAAGAGGAGGCGGCCUACCUCAAGCUCAAGGACGAUCUGACGGCCAACAUCCCGCUACUGGCGCAGGCUAUCCAGGUUCUGGGGGAGAUCGGCGCGGACCAGACUCUGGAGACGUCGGCGGCGCACGAGCAGUUCAUGGGCGGCUUCAACGAGUCCGAGGCCCUCGUAAGCCUCGAGUCGAAGGUGCGCACGGCGCUGCUGGCCGCCAAGGCGCUGCUGAAGCCAGGCGACCAGAAGCAGCAGCGGCGUCUGAGCGCGCUGCUCCAGGCACCACUGGGCACCACCUACGAGACGCAGUCAGGCGAGAUCGUGGGCAUUCUCCGCGAAAUGAAGGAGACGUUUGAGGAGAACCUGGCGGAGGCGACCGCGGCGGAGCAGGCGGCGGUGAAGGCCCAUCUGGCGUUCAUCCAGACAAAGGAGGAGGAGUACGCCAAGCUCGAGAUUGCCGACGACGACGUCCAGGACACCAUGGGCACCAACGACGGCAGCCUCGCCGCCAAGAAGACCCAGCUGGAAGUGGAGGUGCAGUCGAAGGCAGACGCGGAGGACUUCCUGUCCAAGCUGGGCCCCAUGUGCUCGGACAAGGCCACGGACUACGAGGCCCGGAAGCUCUUCCGCGCCAACGAGCAGGCGGCCAUCUCCGAGGCCAUCGCCCUGCUCAACAGCGACGCCGCCUACAAGAUCGCCUCCGCGACGGCGUCCCUCGGCGGCGGGGCCCCGCCCAGCAAGGGGGCGCCGCCGAGGCUGCUGCAGCUGGGGAGGAGCAGCACCUCCGCCGUCCGCCAGCGGGUGGAGGGCCUCCUGGCGCAGGCCGCGGCCCGCGCGCGGUCGGCGAGGCUCCGGCGCGUCGUCGCCUCGCUCUCCGCCGGGAACCCUUUCGACACCGUGCUGGCGGAGAUCGAGAAGAUCCAGGCGUUGAUCCAGGAGGAGGGCAGGGUUGACGCCGAGCAGAAGGCGUGGUGCGAGGGGGAGCGGGAGACGAACGAGAGGAACUUGGACCUGAAGAAGAAGGACAUCGAGACCCUGAACGGUGACAUCAGCGAGCUCGUGGAGAGGAUCGAGAACCCCGAGACUGGUCUCAAGGCCUCGAUCGCCAUCAAGGAGGAGGAGCUCGUGGAGAACACCGAGGCGAUGAAGGAGGCCACCGACCAGAGGAGGACUGAGAACCUGGACUACCAGGGGCUGGUCGCCAACACCUCGGAGGCGCGGGCGCUCCUCGCCAAGGCCAUCGCCAUGAUCGAGAGCUACUACGCCGCGGCCUACAAGGAGGCGACCGCGGCGCUGCAGGAGGACCCGGCGCCCCCGGAGACGUGGGAGGAUGGCAAAAUCGGCACCCAGGAGAAGGGCACCGAGGUCGUCACCAUGCUCAAGUUUCUGCUCGGGGAGGUGGAGAAGGAGGAGUCCAGCGCCCACCAGACAGAGCAGAAGGCGCAGUCCGACUACGAGGGCGACAUGACCCAGCUCAAGCAGACCGAGGCGGACCUCCAGGACGCCCUCGCGGGGCUCCAGGAGGAGCUCGCGGAGGCCGAGAAGACGCUGGUCAACAAGAGGUCGGAGCUCGCCCAGACCAUCAAGGACAAGGACGCCAUCAUCGCGUACCUCGAGCAGAUCAAACCAGGCUGCGAUUUCAUCAUCACGAACUUCGACACCCGCGAGCAGUACCGGGCCACGGAGGCGUCGGCGCUGGAGCGGGCCGUGGAGCUGCUGCAGGCCAGCCCGGCGUACGUCGCCGCCAAGGAGGCCGAGAAGCAGGAGUCCUGGGGCGACUGCAAGGAGGUCUGCCUCGAGAGCGGCGAGACCCACGCGAAGUGCCUCGCCUGCAACGCGAAGGUGUCCGUGCCCGGCUACUGCGCCGGCCACGCGGGCGUGGCGGGGUGCGAGGUGGGCGGCCGGCUCUGA